AUGGAAUCAGUUAAAACUGGAGGAGGCAACUUUAUCCCCAAAAUGACCUUAUUGGAUGAUAAAAUAUUGGAUUUGAUUAAAGAGAAUUAUUUGUUUAUUGAUAAUAAACAUGACUCCAACAAUGGCGUUUUAGAAAAGACUGAAGAUGAAGAAUAUUCUAUGCGAGGAAUAUUAACACAAAAAACAUCUGAAGAAACACAUAAAGAUGAUUUUUCAUCAAGCAAAGGCAUAUUAUUGUACAGACAUAAUGUGGUCAACCUGAACAUUGAUGAUACAAAUCUACAUAACGACGGAAAAAUUAGUGAAAGCAAUACUAAUGAUAUAAUGCCAUUGAUGUCAACUCCAAAAAGUGAUUCAAAUCCCAGAAAUGAAGACAAAGAAAGAAGAGGACAAAAAAGAAAAGUGCAAUUUUCCAAGCACGAAAUAAAUAACACUGGAAAAGUGAGUGUUGGUGGUUUGAUAAAUAAUAAAAAAAAUCAACUUAUAGAUAAAAAAAUAUCAGUCUUAGAUAUAAUGAUAAAAGUAGAAGAGGAAAAUCUUAAAGGAAAGAUUCUGGAUAAUGAGAUAAAAGCCAUAAUAGAAAAGUUCUUAAGCGCUUGCGAAAAAGAGCGGAUAAUAAAUCCUCGAAAAAAAAAAGUUUCCGAAGUUGUUGAGCCUGAAUCACCAACAGAAUAUGAAGCAGUCAUUUACGAUGAUAGUGAUGAUGAUAUUGAAGAAGAAUUAAGAGAGGAGCCGGAAUUAAACAAAGAAAAAAAUGAUGCAAAUAUUAACGAUUGGGUGCUUAUUGCUUGCGCAGGAAAAAAAAAUGUUAAACAUUAUAUUGGUCAAGUAAUCUAA